AUUGAAGAGGCGAUUUAUAAAUACGGCGGGAAAUAUUUGAGCUGGAAAUCAAGACGUACGACCAGAAAGGCUAACUCCCAACAGCCCAACGAAAGAAAAAUUAUAUGGAAAUGUGUAGUACAAAUUAUAUUCUUUGAACGUUUGUAGGGCGUUCUCUAUUUUGAAUUGGAAAUUUUAUCAUAAAUACACAAGAAUGGACAAAGCAGAGUUAGGAAAACAGUUUCUAAAUCAGUUUCAAAGUACUUUAUUCUCCAGUAAAGUAGAUGAUGGUACUGCGACAGAAAAAGCAGACAUAUUGAGGAGGACACUGAUGGAAUUAAAAGUGGCAAACAAUGUUAAUUUAGUAUCAGAUGAGAGUUGUGGUCUCCUUUUGAAGAAAUAUGAGGAUUCAUAUGCAGCUAUUGUAGACUCCAUGGAGGAAAAUAAUGGUUUGAAUAAUUAUGCAGAAGGAGCAUUGGCAAUAUGUAGUCGUUUUAAAAAUGAAAGUCAUAACUGGAAGUCAAGUCUCUCAAUGGACAAGAUAAAACAGAUGGAAUGUUACAAAAACAUAACAGCAAAGAAUAAGAAAAUAUCAGAUGAACUUGUUCCUCCACAAAUGUUAAACAAAAUACUGUCAUCUGAAUCCAAGGAGGAUCCAAUACAGGGAACCAGUAAUCCAACAUUUGUAACAGGGUUUUCAAAAACCGAUCAGCAGAAUUCAAAUCGAGGACCACAAUUCAGUCAGAAAAUUGAGAGCAGUAAUACUGGACAGAAGAAUGGAUGGAAUUUUCACAAUAGAAAACCAUUAUUUUCUGGAGUUCAGCAGUCAUCUUCCUCUGAUGUCAUUCAGCAAAAUUCUGCCAGACCAAGUUAUAGUGGGAGUUAUCAGAGAAAAAAUGAGAACUUUUCGAGUGGAAUAAAACGUCCACUGAACAAUGAAGAUCAAGAAGAUGAAGACAAUACAAGAGAUAAUCCUGUAGGAGGAGGGUUCAAUGUGUUUAAAACUGCCAAGGAACAAUUGGCUAUUGAUAAUCAGAAAAAGUUUGGUCGAGGGAAAGGAUCAGUUGGUUCAUCAUCAUAUGGUAAUGCUAAAAAAUCUCUAGGAAGUACUAGGAGAGGAUUAAACAGUAAGUUCAUUCCUCCUGUUGCUAACAGAGAAGAAGAGGAAGAUAGUGUUACUAUGAAUGCUGUAACUAAGUCUGUAUUUGGUGGAGGGAAACCUUCAGGAUCUAACAACACUGAGGAACCUACUGAUGAAAGAUUAAAGGGAAUAGAACCUAAAAUGAUAGAACUUGUCAUGAAUGAGAUAAUGGAUCAUGGACCCCAGAUGGUUUGGGAUGAUGUUGCUGGUCUAGAAUUUGCCAAAAAAACAAUAAAAGAAAUUGUAGUGUGGCCAAUGUUAAGACCGGACAUUUUUACAGGUCUUAGAGGCCCACCUAAAGGUCUCCUGUUGUUUGGUCCUCCAGGGACAGGAAAAACGCUCAUUGGAAAAUGUAUAGCAAGUCAGUCUAAGUCUACCUUCUUCAGUAUUAGUGCUUCUUCACUCACCUCAAAAUGGGUAGGAGAAGGGGAGAAGAUGGUGAGAGCUUUGUUUGCAGUAGCCAGAGUACAUCAACCAGCUGUGGUAUUUAUUGAUGAAAUAGAUUCUUUAUUAUCCCAGAGAUCUGAUGGAGAACAUGAAGCUUCCAGAAGAAUUAAAACUGAAUUCCUUGUUCAAUUGGAUGGUGCUGCUACUCUUUCAGAAGACAGGAUACUUGUGAUAGGUGCCACUAACAGGCCUCAGGAAAUAGACGAAGCAGCUAGACGUAGAUUUGUAAAACGUUUGUACAUCCCAUUACCAGAGAAUGCAGCCAGGAAACAGAUUGUAGUUAAUUUGUUGUCACAACAGAAGUAUCAUCUAUCUGAUCAGGAACUAGAUUUUAUCUGUCAGAAAACUGAUGGUUACUCUGGAGCUGACAUGGCUAAUCUAUGUAGAGAAGCAGCAUUAGGUCCUAUCAGGUCAAUGGCUUUUGGUGAAAUUGAAUCAAUAUCAGCUGAUCAGGUUAGACCAAUCACAUUUGAGGAUUUUGAAGAUGCUUUACCCCAAGUGCGAGCCAGUGUAUCAAACAAAGAUCUAGACUUAUAUAUAGAUUGGAACAAUUCAUAUGGUAGUGCUGGUUCAGUGAGAUGAUAUAUGAUUUAUUAUGAUUGUUCAGUAACAUUGUCAUUAAAAGUGCCAAAAAACAAGUUUGUUUGUCAAAAAUCAUUAAAAAAUU